GGUCUAGCUGCGGCGAUGAAGAAGUAUGCAGUCCCGAGAUCUUCGUGUUAUCACGGAGUUACAAAGUUGAAAUGGAGCGGGAAGUUUGAAGCGCAUCUCUGGGACAAUACGAGCCAAGUAGAAGGAAGGAAACGGAAAGGAAAGCAUGUGUAUUUAGGAAGCUAUGAUUCUGAGGAGAAGGCGGCAAGGGCACAUGAUCUUGCAGCUCUUAAGUACUGGGGUCCAACCCCAAGUGCUAAGCUCAACUUCCCUGUCUCUGAUUAUGAGAGAGAAUUAGAAACAAUGAAGAACAUGUCACAGGAUGAAUAUGUUGCUCAUGUUAGGAGGCAGAGCAGUUGUUUCUCUAGAGGAGCUUCAGCCUAUAGGGGAGUAACAAGAAGGCGGAAAGAUGGUAAAUGGCAAGCUAGAAUAGGCCGUGUUGGUGAGAGCAGGGAUGCAAAAGAUAUCUAUCUUGGGACCUUUGAUACGGAAGAAGAGGCUGCAGAGGCAUAUGAUCUUGCAGCAAUUGAGUUGCGAGGUGUACACGCUGUAACUAAUUUUGACAUGAGCAACUAUUGUGAUGUAAAACCUUCAAACCUGCAUUGUGCAAUCCAUCCAGACUGUUAGCUUGACAGAGAGAAAGAGGAAGGAGAGUGUAAAUUGUAUCAAGUUGUUGACAUAUUUCUCCUGUCGGAGAAUCGAAAAUUUUCUUAUAUUUAAGCACUUAAUUUUAUAAAUCAUGAUGAGUUAUAUC